AUGGCCAAGGUGUUCUAUACUGCCAAGUUUCAUGAUACCAUAUGCCGUAAACUCUGCGUGUCACCUCGACAAGUGUGCACAGGAAUGUCAGUGGAAGCUCUUCACGGGAGAACGGAAAGUUUUCACCCACUGAUUCAUGAAUGCCUACCGCAUGUCGGCCAAAAGGAAAUCGCUCGCAAUAUGCUACGCGUACUUGAAGACAGCCAGUUGGCGAUUACCACUCUAGACAUGCAUUUUCCAGACAAGUAUGGCGUCCUCAAGCAGGACAGAUACAGUCUGAGGAGCUCGCCACAGUGGCUUGGGUCCGUUGCCGAGACUCUUGUGGACGCCUGUAGGCGUAUCACCAUUGAGCUGAAUAGUGCCAAUGAUAACCCAAUCAUUGACCAUCGCACAAACACCAUUGCACACGGAGCAAAUUUCCAAGGAGAGACCAUGUCAAUCGCCAUGGACCAGACCAGACAAGUAAUAGGUGUGUGUGGGAAACUGCUACUAGCUCAGUUUCAAGAGGUUGUGAACGGAAAACUGAACUUUGGACUACCUCCCAACCUCAGCGGAUGUGAUAUAAAUCUCGACUUUGGAUUCAAAGGCUGCGAUACAGCGAUGGCUUCGUACAUGUCAGAACUUGACCAUUUCGUGAACCCCAUGAGCAACCACGUGAUAAGCGCUGAGACACACAACCAGUCCGUUAAUUCGAUGGCAUUGGUAAGCGCGCGGCUGACGGCGGAGGCGGUUGAGAUAGUACAGAUGAUGGUGACUAACCUGUUGUGUCUGACCGCCCAGGCCGUGGACCUCCGCCUCCUACGGAAUCUCGCCAUGGAGGAGGCCGAUGAGCUCCGGGAACAGUACCCGGAGGCCACCACUUUGUUAGAAAAGACGGAGUGGUACGAUCUUAUGUUCUUGUGCGACGAGCGGAUAGCGGCUCUCAAGGAAGCCUCGGAGAUGAAGGGGACGAAGGCUGCCGCGGAGAUGAUUGCGUACGAACGGAUGCGAAACCUUUACAAACGGGCAUGUAACGGAGAAAUGGAUGUAUCGAAAUACAUGGGAAAAGGUACAAGCCGAAUGUACAACUUUAUUCGGAAGGAGCUGGACAUUCCGUUCUACUGCGGGCAACCAGCUAUCGACACAUGGCUGGGACGGCUUUUGAAGGCCGUCCAGAGCCGCUCAGUGGAGGACGUCCUCCUUGACAUUUUUACUUCCGUCUCACCACCAUCCAGACAGCGCAACAGUGUUGAACUUUCUGAUCGGCGGAGCAGUCAACACCUUUGGUGUGAUAUACGUAGAGCUGCUUGA